CAGAGAGCGAGAUUGAGAAGGAGACAAAGUAUAGGAAUGUACUGUGUAUUCAUGUGAGAAUGAUUGAGCUAAUGGUGAAGAUAAGGAUGACAAUGGACGCUCUGCAACUAGCGAACACUGCCUUUGCGGUUGAUAUGUUCAAAAAACUAUGUGAGAAGGACAAAACAGCCAAUAUUAUUUUUUCCCCACUGUGUACCUCAACUUCUCUGGCUCUGGCAUAUAAAGCUACGAAAGGUGAUACUGCAGACCAAAUGAAACAGGUACUCCAUUUAAAAGAUGUCAAAGACGUUUCUUUCGGAUUUCAGACAAUAACUUCAGAUGUUUCCAAACUCAGCUCUUUCUUUGCACUGAAAAUGGUCAAACGGCUGUUUGUAGACAAGUCUCUUAAUCCUACCACAGACUUUGUCAACUCCACAAAGAGGCCUUUUCCAUCUGAACUGGAAUUAGUGGAGUUCAAAGAAAAAACCGAGGAAACCCGACAAAAAAUCAACAAAUCUCUUUCAGAGCUAACUGAUGGCAAAAUGGAGAAUAUUUUGAAUGAGGAUAGUGUAAGUGGUGAAACUCAGAUCCUUCUAGUUAAUGCAGCUUAUUUUGUCACAAACUGGAUGAAGAAGUUCCCAGAGGCAGAGAUCAAAGAAUGUCCUUUUAAAGUCAACAAGACUGAAACUAAACCAGUGCAGAUGAUGAAUCUGGAAGCUACUUUUUGCCUGGGAUAUGUAAAAGAUUUAAAUGUUUCCAUCCUUGAGCUUCCAUGCCUUAACAAACAUAUAAGCAUGCUCAUUCUGCUACCCAAAGAAAUUGAAGAUGAGACCACUGGCCUGGAGCAGCUGGAAAAGGCACUGACUCCUGAGACAUUAUUACAGUGGACCAAUCCUAGCAUGAUGGCCAACACCAAAGUGAAUGUAUUUCUUCCAAAGUUUAGCAUAGAAGGUGACUAUGACCUGAAGCCACUUCUGGAAAGCCUGGGAAUGACAAAUAUCUUCAAUGAAAGUGCAUCAGAUUUCUCUGAGAUGUGUGAUACAAAAGGUGUGGUUUUGUCAAAGAUCAUCCAUAAAGUCUCCUUGGAAGUAAAUGAACAAGGUGGCGACUCCCGAGAGGUACCAGGAUAUCGGAUUCUGCAACAUAAAGAUGAAUUUAAAGCUGAUCAUCCAUUUAUCUUUUUGUUUAGACAUAACAAAACUCGCAAUGUGAUUCUCACAGGCCGAUUCUGUUCUCCCUAAGCAGGGCGUAUUCAUUAUGAAAAAGCACAUUUACAUUUAUGGUGGUGCAUGCUCCUGUAAAGCUUGUCAUCCUGACAAUCAUCUUUGAAAGGAAAUCUAAGAGGUUCAUAUAUUGGCUGGGUAAUACAAUGUACUCUACAUAUGCAGCAGAACUAGUUUAUCUCCUUAUGUUUCAUCCCCUUAAGCCGAAGGAUUUCCAUUGUAAGAAACACUUCAUUGAGAAGUAUCCCAGCCUCGCAACAAGAAUAUUCUGUUCCUCUGUGACACCUUUUUCCCAAAAUGAAGUGAACUGAGAGCCUGAUUUAAGGCAGACCAGGAGUUGGAAAGGGCUCUGGGAAGAAGAGCUGCAUUCCUGCUCCGUAGUCAAACCACUCUCUCUUGUGACCCAGACUCUCUGGAUUCCUACUGCCUCUAAGGAGAACUAUGCACAUGUGGUGUGGUAGCUCUCCCCUUGUACCUGGCUACACUCUGGUGGUCCAGGGUGCCCUACCAGAUCCUACCAAUGCUCAGUGAAACAGUGCCCAAGUUCUGCAGCAUAGCUAAACUAUUCAGGCUGGCAUCAGAAUUUGCAUCUGUGAAACAUCAGUCACACUGAGGCCUAUGGGCGCCAGAGGCAAAAAUCAUGGUGGCAGAAUGUAUACCCAGAAGACUCUUCAGCAUGAGCUACAUCAUUUCCCAGACUGGGGAGGUUGGAUUCUUCUGUGUGGCCUUUUUUCAUUCAUUCCCUUCAGACAUGGAAGAUGGGACAAGUUCAGCACAGUUAUGAGGAGCCCUGUUGUAUAUAUCCUAAGAAAAAGAACAUUAUGCAAUUCAAGGAUAGAACACAGUUGGAUUAAUACUGGAAGUGCCACACUUCUAGAUUCAGCAUUAAGGAAACUCCUCUACAGUUACUUAACGUCUGAAGCAUGAGAAAGAAAUAAGGACUUCAACUUGAGUGAAAUUAACAUUGUAAUUACUAGUCUUCAAAUUCCUCAUGAGAUCAUGGUAAUCAGAUUUCAUUUCUAUCUAAAGACUGCCUGCUGCAUAUGUUCAGUACUGAUUUACCUAAUUACUGUUCAGAAUAAAGCACUAUAAAACCUG